AUGGCUUCCGCGUGCAUCAAUAACGUCGGAAUUCCGCCGGAAAACUUCCUCGACGGCUCACGGGCCACCUACAGUUCUUACGGUUGGUUGAGCCCUCGCGUAUCCUUCAGUCGCGAGUUUCCCGACGACUCGUCCGCCAAUCUCUCCGGCUUUGAACUUAGUCCUUCCUCCAUUACUGAUACUUCUCAUGCGAGUAGGCCGGCGAUUUCAGGUACGGAUCUGGAAGGUUCGGCUAGUGAUUUUGAGUUUAGGCUGGAACAUCCGGUUACUCUGAUUCCUGCUAAUGAACUCUUCUUCAACGGAAAACUCGUGCCGCUGCAGCUUCCGUCGUUGAAAUCGUCGGUCAAGGAAGAACUCUCCGCGACGGAGAUUGGAUCGCGGUCGCCUAAUACAACGACGCUGCGGAGAGUGACGGAAAUUGGUAAUGCGGAUCCGUACUCUUUCUCUCCUCGUGCUCCGAGGUGCUCGAGUCGGUGGAGGGAGAUUCUAGGGCUGAAGAAGGCUAAUCAGAUAACCAGUUCUAUAGCCGCGAAGAGCGAAAAUCAGAAGACGGAUUUGUCUUCAUCGAGCUCACGAAUGAAAUCUCUGAAGCAAUUUCUCCACAGGAAUUCCAAGCUAGUGUCCUCCGAGUCCUCGGAUACUCUAAAUCAUCCAUUAUUGAAAGAUUUGGACUGCGAGUCAGUUUCCAUAUCCUCUUCUCGCCUCUCUCUUUCUUCCUCAUCCUCUGGUCUUUCACUCGACGAUCUCCCUAGACUCUCACUCGAUUCGGACAAGCCAUCAAAGUUCAAUCGUGAAUCAAAGAAUCGGUUAAAUACGGUGAAGCCGAUAGCAUUGCGAUCAGAAGCGAAGAGAGUAGGGCGUAGCCCGGUUCGUCGGCCGCCAGGGGAAUCAGGUAGAGUGAAAAGCAGAGAAGUAUCCAUGGAUAGUCCGAGAAUGAACUCCUCAGGGAAAAUAGUGUUUCAGAGUCUGGAAAGGAGUUCGAGUAGUCCGAGCAGCUUCAAUGGCGGACCGAGAUUGAAGCACAGCAGUAUCGAAAGGUCAUACUCCGCGAAUGUAAGAGUGCCGCCGGUGCUGAACGUUCCGAUGAGCUCGCUGAGGGGGUCAUCAAAGUUCGCGUUCAGCCAGCUGUUUUCCUCGCCGCAGAAAAGAACCGAAGCGACUUACGGCGGCGGUGGAGGCAAAGGCCAGACGAGACACUGCAGAAACCGGAUCGCUGGAGCCUGA